UUACGGCUUAUUGACUUCCUCAGCAGUGAAAAAUAAAACAUUUUGCUUAUGGAAAACUAGUUGGCAUCCUGACAUUGACAUUGACAAUUCGACGUAAACAGACACAGCUGUAAAUUGCAGCGAAGUCGCUUAGAAUCCGUAAAUAUUAUAAGAUACAAAUAAAAAUAAUAUAAAUGAUUAUAUCUUGGUUACUAUUAGGAAAUAGUUUGUAGAAAAAUAUGUUUAAGUCGGUUAUAUUCCUUCUAUUUAUAGGCUAUGGAUGUGAUACAAGUCUUGCAGUUAGAGUGUACAAAAAAGCUGAUAUUUUAAAGCUCAGGGAGGAGGUGCGUGAAAUGUUUCAGCAUGCUUAUGAUAGCUAUUUACGCUACGCAUAUCCAUACGAUGAGUUACGACCGCUGAGCUGUGACGGUGUAGACACAUGGGGAAGCUAUUCACUUACUCUAAUUGAUGCUCUGGACACACUAGCUAUCAUGGGAAACUAUACUGAGUUCAACCGGGUUGUUGAACUAGUAUUACAAAAGAAAGACUUUGAUGCCGAUAUUAAUGUUUCUGUUUUUGAAACAAAUAUUAGGAUUAUAGGAGGACUAUUAAGUGCUCAUCUAUUAUCACAUAGAACAGGUAUGAAAUUAGAACCAGGCUGGCCAUGUAAUGGUCCACUUUUGAGAUUAGCUGAAGAUGUUGCACAAAGGCUCAUUGCUGCAUUUGAUACCACAACUGGUAUGCCAUAUGGAACCAUUAACCUGAGGUCUGGUGUACCACCUGGAGAAACAAGUGUCACCUGCACAGCUGGUGUGGGUACAUUUAUUAUAGAAUUUGGAACAUUAAGUCGUCUCACCGGAGAUCCAUUAUAUGAAGAGGUGGCUUAUAACGCACUUCUAGCGUUAUAUCAUCAUAAAUCACCAAUAGGCCUUGUGGGUAACCAUAUAGAUGUGAUGACGGGCCGUUGGACAGCGCAGGACGCUGGUAUUGGCGGCGGUGUCGAUUCUUAUUAUGAAUACUUAGUCAAAGGUGCAAUACUAUUAGAGAGACCAGAACUGAUGUCGAUGUUCAAAGAAGCGCGGAAAGCGAUAGAGAAGUACUUGAAAGUGGACGACUGGUUCGUAUGGGCAACCAUGUUACGAGGACAUGUCACGCUGCCUGUCUUUCAGUCCCUUGAAUCUUACUGGCCUGGGGUACUUAGUCUUGUCGGUGAAAGCGACACAGCCAUGCGUAUAAUACACAAUUACCAUAGUGUAUGGAGGCAGUAUGGAUUCACUCCUGAAGUAUACAAUCUUGGCACAGGCGAAGCUUCCUCGUCUCGGGAAAGUUACCCUCUCCGUCCAGAACUAAUCGAGUCCAUCAUGUACUUAUACAGGGAUACUAGGGAUCCUAUACUGCUGCAGAUGGGGGAGGAUAUCUUGAGGAGUAUUCAGCAUUCUGCGCGAACACCUUGUGGUUAUGCCACGAUCAAAGACGUGCGCGAUCAUCGCAAAGAGGAUCGUAUGGAGUCAUUUUUCCUCGCUGAGACAACGAAGUAUCUUUAUUUACUGUUCGAUCCGGACAAUUUCAUCCACAACCCGGGCGUACACGGCACUAUUAUCAACACGCCUAACGGAGAGUGUGUUGUUGACCUUGGAGGCUAUGUAUUCAAUACGGAAGCACAUCCAAUUGACCCUACUAUGCUCUAUUGCUGCCACGAAGCUAGACAAGGCAUCAAUAUAAGCGAAGUUCACAGAAUAUAUCAAAUGUUAGAAGAAGAGGACAACAUAAAAUUUAUGACUACCAUCGAAGGUUCUGCUAAAGUAGCCCCAAAUGAAACCGUCGAGGAUGCACAAAAUGAAACAACACUCAAUACUUCUGAAGAUAUUAAAAGUGGUACAGUUGAAAAGUUAGAUCAAAAUCAAGUAUUGAUUAAGACUGAAACGAGAACUGGUUACGUCAAUAUCGAUGGUACUGAGAGAGAGAAAACAAAGAAUGAAUCUAGUCUAAGAGAUAUAGUCAAAGAUCGUAUCAAUAGUUACUAUAAUAACACUAGCAGUAAACCAGAAAGUGAGGAAGAACUUCCGUUCUCUUCAGACAAUAACACCCCGACGACGCAGUUCGACGUCGAUGACAUAAUAGUCCCACAAAAUCCACCGGAACCAUUACAGACUCCUAGCGAAGCAAAGGCGAAAGAAACUUUCAAAAUAUUACCAAAAGUUUUGCAAGACUUUUUAAGCAGCGAUUGGAAAUCUAAGUCAAAAUGUGAACCUCAACACAUGUUAGAGCGAAUACGUAAAGAAAAAAGGUACCCAAAUCAUCCAGAUGUCGACAAAUAUGAAUUGCUGUUGACACCAGCGCCAUCUUUCUUACAAAGGAUAUCGUUAGCUGGGGAAUUUUUAAACAAAAAGCAGUUAGAAAUGUAAUAAGCAAUUGUUUGUAGAACAAAGUUGUUUUAAGUUACAAGUUCGUUUUGUACAAUUUUAUUAAAUUGUUUUUUAUGGCAUGGGUCGGCAAAUGAUCAGACAGAUUACCUAAUGGUAAACAAUCAGCGCGGGGGGGAGAAGGAGUCCGGAGGAGGAACUGGCCUUCCGGUAACUCAUACGGCGAUAUCGCAUGUGUAUCGCCUUUUCUGUUAGCUAGCCCAUUCGUACCGAAGCAUGGUUCUCCCACACUUGCUGCAACUACUUGUUACUUAAGAAUAUAUGUUAUUUAUUAGAGUUUAAUAUAUUUUAUGUACCAAUUAUAAUUUGUUAAAGAAAA